AUGGUUCUUCAGCGUGCUCCACAACGAGCCAUCGUAUGGGGAUAUACAGAUACAUUCAACACACCUAUUACUUUGACAAUGAACAACAAAGUUUAUUACACGAUGAACUCAAUAUCAUCUGUUGAUUUAGUAGAUGCAUCAAUAUGGUCAGUUACACUUGAUGCUCAAACAGACGAAGGCCCUUUUCAAAUUCAAGUCACAAAACCGUUAGCAAAUGGAUCACUUGAAACCAUAACAUUGAAUGAUGUUUUGUUCGGUGACGUUUGGAUUUGUUCCGGUCAAUCAAAUAUGCAAUUUGCUGUUAAUAGAAUGUUUAAUGCUUCAAUUGAAAUAGAAAAUGCUAGUAAAUAUCCAAAAGUAAGAUUAUUUACUGUAGCAACUGCACAAGCUAAUACACCGCAAGAAGAACUGUUAGCUAUUGGAUUAAAAUGGUCCCUGGCAUCGACGAGUAGUGUUGCAAGUGGAUAUACAUCAGCAGUAUGUUGGCUUUAUGGUCGAAUGAUACAUGAAGGCCUUGGUAAACGACCCAUCGGUCUCUUACAUACAUCAUGGGGUGGAACUAACAUUGAAUAUUGGUCACCACCUGAAGCUCUUAAAGAUUGUGGUAUCACACAAACUAAAAGCAUAACACCUACAAAGAAUCAGAAAUCGCAUAAUGAAAUUAAUAUUGUACUUAACAAUACAGUUCUAUAUAAUGCAAUGAUUCAUCCAUUUACAAGAAUGGUUAUCAAAGGAGCUAUUUGGUAUCAAGGUGAAAACAAUGCUAAUUUCAAUCGCGAUAAAUAUUCUUGUACAUUUUCUAAAAUGAUUGAAUAUUGGCGAAUCAUAUGGCAUAUGCGUACAAAUUCUACCACUGAUCCAGUAUUUCCUUUUGGCUUUGUUCAAUUAUCAACAAAUGAACGAACUGGUAAAGUUGUCGGAGGAUUUCCUUGGAUUCGUUGGCAUCAAACAUUUGAUGUUGGUUACGUACCUAAUCAUGUUGUACCAAAUGUAUUUAUGGCAGUCGCAUUAGAUUUGCGUGAUGAUGAAGGAGGAAUUCAUCCUCGAAAUAAACUGGAUGUUGGAUAUCGAUUAUCUCGAUCAGGUCUUGCUGUAGCAUAUGGUUACACAAAUAUAACGUAUCAAGGACCUAUUAUUGCCAAUAUUUCUGUAGCUUUGAAUAGUAGUCAAGUAAAUGUUACCUAUACAAAUACUGUGUCAUCAAGUAUUGAACUACGAAAUCCAAAUGGAUUUGAAGUAUGUUGUGCAAGUAAACAAAUUUGCAAUACGACUGAUUCUGUAUGGACAGCUGCUCCAGCUAACCCUAUAGAAGAAGCAUCUUUGACUAUUUCUAUUGCUGUGUCAAACUCAUGUAUUUCGAAGCCAAUCAAUGGACUUCGUUAUUUAUGGAGAGAAACUCCAUGUUUAUUUAAACAAGCGGCUGUCUAUAACUCAGACGAUUCUGAUCUGCCCGCUCCACCUUACAUUCAUUUCUUUUAA